UUCUUUAAUUUCAUUCGGGGUAAAAAAUCUAAACUUUUUUAGCAGGGGUGGUAUUACACAACCCCCCCCUUUUUUUUCACAAAUGCUAAGUUCCGGAUAUCCAAUUUGAUAUUAGAAGGAUUACCAUAUAUAACACAAAAUUUCUCCGCCGAUUCUUUUUAGUCGAGCUUCUCGAUCUGUCAUUAUACCUUGAGAAGUUGAAAGGAUUACAAUUCCUAUUCCGCCUAAAAUUCGUGAAUUCGUUGAGAGUUAGAAUAGAUCGUAGACCCGGUCGGCUUAUUCUCUUUAAAUUUAAAAUCGUUUUAUAGGAUUCUUUCUUAUUUCGUCUAGUCUUAGGGGUUAAAAUCAAAAAAUAUUGAUUGUUUUCGCGAUGUUUUCCUUACGUUUUCGAUAAAACCCUCUCGUAAAAGUAUUUUAACAAUGCUUUCGGUGAUGUUAGUCGAUCCUAUCCGAACUUUCCUUUUCUAUUCAUGUCAGCAUUUCGUAUAGAGGUUAUUAUAUCAGCAAUAGUGUCUUUCCCCAUGAUAAGUUAAAAUUCCUUAAUUGUUCUAUAAUUUUGAUAUAAUCAACAUGUUAUUUUUUCUUUUAUUUAUAUAAAAAUAGAGACGAAUUAUAUUAAUAUAUGAAUUCAAUUAUUAAUAUAUAAAAUUAUUAAGGGUAUAUGCGUGAUACACAAUCUAUUAAUUAUAAUUAAUUUGAUUUCAAUACCAUUUUUUUAAUCCUAUCCUAUAUUAACUAUCGAUAUUUAGGUCUUAUAAUACUUCAGGAGCUAAUGAAACUAUUUUAGUAAAGUUUAAUUGUCUCAAUUCCCGUGGGAUCGCCCCAAAAACGCGAGUUCCUUUUGGAUUUCCUUCUUGAUCAAUGACAACUGCGGCAUUGUCGUCAUAUCGUAUUAUCGUCCCAUUCUUACGUUUGAGUUCUUUACAAGUACGUACAAUUACAGCUCUGACCACUUCUGAUCUUUCUAGAGUAGUAUUUGGGAUUGCUUCCUUGAUUACAGCAACAAUAACGUCACCAAUAUGAGCAUAGCGGCGAUUACUAGCUCCUAUUAUUCGAAUACACAUCAAUUUUCGAGCCCCGCUGUUGUCUGCUACAUUCAAAUAGGUUUGUGGUUGAAUCAUAUUUUUGUAUCUCUUCUUUUAGUGCAAAGGACGAAGUAAAAAAAAUAUUGUUUGUCAAAAAAAACUUAGAAUCUUUUAUCCUUAAAUGUUAUUUAGCUUUUUCAUUCUAUAUUCCUAUUCAGAAAUAAUGAAUUGGGUUUUAUAGGCAUUUUUGAUGCCGCGAUUGAAAUAGCUUUUCUGGCUAUAUUUUCUGGUACACCACCCAUUUCAUAAAGGAUUUUACCUGGUUUAACCACAGCUACCCAGUACUCUGGGGAUCCUUUCCCAGAACCCAUACGCGUUUCCGCGGGUCUUACUGUAACUGGCUUGUCUGGAAAUAUACGUACCCAAAUUUUUCCACCACGUCGUAUAUUUCGUGUCAUUGCUCGUCGCCCUGCUUCUAUUUGUCUAGAUGUAAUCCAAGCGGGUUCAAGUGUUUGAAGAGCAUAUCUGCCAAAACAAAUACGAUUCCCACGAGAGGAUAUUCCUUUUAGUCUUCCUCGAUGUUGUUUACGAAAUUUGGUUCUUUUGGGUUAUAGUUGAUGGGUUUUUUCUAAAUGAGAAAUUCCAUCUCUACUGCAGAACUGGACGUGAGAGUUUCUUCUCAUCCAGCUCCUCGCGAAUAAAAGGAUUAAUUAAGAUAUAGAUGUAGUUAAUGAUUAAUCCUAUUAAUCAUGGUAUUUUUUUUUUAUUUCAUCUUAUCUCUUCUAAAUUUGUGUAUGUCUUUUUUGAAAUAGAAUCAAAGAUCAAUUUUAUUUCGAUUUAUUUAAAAAUAACGUAAUAUCAUCAUUACAAAUGUAAUUUUUAUUAGAGUUAGAAUAUUAUAACAAAUCCUUAUUUUUUUUUCAUUGUUUUUUUCAUCUUUUAUUACUGUUUUUAUUUGAAAAAAAAAAACCAAUUUUUCGCCGGCGAAUAUUUACUCUUUCAAUAUCUAUUUAAGUUUGCUGUUUAUCCCCCGAGGUCUCAGAAUCAAAAUCAGAAUAGAUAAUAAAGUUUCUGGUUUAUUCCGCCAUCCUGUCCAAUGAAUUACUAAGAUUUCUUGUUCACUAGAAUCCUAUAUAUUCAUGGGUUCCGUCGUUCCCAUCGCUUCUUGAUUAAUCAUUAGGCCUGAAUUCUACAAUGGAGCUUUUACAUGAAAUUUUGAAUUUCUUUUUUUUUUGAGGCAAUUUUCUCAGUUUUGAUUGUCUCAAGGCUCUUAAUUUUUUGUUUUCGGAACAGAUUUAUCUAAUUAUUAUUUAUCUAAUUAUUAUGAAUGAAUCUGUAUUGAUGCUUUAUUACAUUGCUUUUCUUACAGUGACCUCAUAGAUUUUCCAAAUUGGAAUCAUAUAUCAUUAAUAUUCAAUUUUUUCGCUCUUUCUUUCAUCCUUCCAUUUAUCCGCAUACUUUUUGAUUACCUUUCA